CGGAUGCCCGUUGUACUUGUACUAGCGACCUCCGGUUCGGCCGCUGUGUCUAAAUGUGGCAUACAGGAUAAACAAAGAAAUAUACUGUACCCAAGGCUUUGAAUGUGUUCCCGAUAUAUCACACAUAGGAUCUGAUCAUGAAUUGAAAAAAAAGGUUUAUUCCAGGAAAUUUGAACGGAACAUGGACGACGGGCUCUCCAAGCCAUCCCGGCCCAGGGAGCUCCCGCCUCUGCCCCAGAUGCUGGACCACAGAUUUAGCUGAGGAUUUAACAACAGGACAUAAUGUACAGCUUCACUCCGCUCUUGCCUGAUUCUUGUGUGGAAUGGCCAGUAAGACGCCGCGAGGACAAAGGUCUGUUCCCACUGGGCCAAGUGGAGAUUCAGCUGAAGUGCCCAAGCAGAAGAAGAAGAGGGUGAGAAAAGAGGCAAAUGGAUCAACUUAUGCAGACGAUCAGGAAAUGGAGAUGGAAGGCCAAGGCAGCAGAAGGGCUUCUGAGAUCGGUGACCAUCUUUCAUUUGAAGCGAUGACAGAUGCACCCCCUCAGAGGAAGAGGAAGAAGAAAAAAACUGCAACUCUAGAUGACCAAGCUGACCUGGUGAAUGGAGAUGCAGUGGAUCAGACCACCGAUGAAGAACUUGUGAAGAAAAACAAAAGGAAGAAGAAGUCAAAAGUUUCUGAAUCAUCCAUCCCUGAUGAAUUGGACAUAGAAGAGGAUGACGUUAUUACAGACAUUCCUUCUCACAUACCACAGCAUUCCCUGUUCUCCGCCCCACAAGGACAGAGUCAGCCCGUUGGAAAGGUCUUUGUAGAGCGGAACAAGCGCUUCCACGCAGCAGAGCGCUCAGACUGGAGGAAGACGAGUGACCAGAUUGAAAACCUGAAUGAAUUCCAUCCCAUGCAAGCUCCCUGGACCACCAGAGAUGUUUCUAUCAGUGUGCACAAGAACUUCAGGAUUUUCGCUCUCUACUGUCAUGGCUUCCUGGCAGGAUUUGCAGUGUGGAACAUUGUUGUGGUGUUCGUGUUAGCUGGGCAGCACCUCACAGCGUUGUCCAACCUGCUGGAGCAAUACCACAGCUUGGCUUACCCAGCGCAGUCUCUGCUUUACAUGCUACUGGCCAUCAGCACCGUAGCUGCUUUUGACAGAGUAAACCUGGCAAAGAGCUCCAUGGCGCUGCAGGAGCUGGCCACACUGGACCCAGUGGCUCUCGCCUCAUUCUUGUAUUUCUCAGCAUUGGUGCUCUCCCUCAGCCAGCAGAUGACGAGUGAUCGCAUCCACCUCUACCCAGACACCAAUGCAACAUUAUGGCGGCCAGAGCCCGAGCACCAAAUUCUCCACUCUUGGGUGACAGUCAACCUUGUGGUGGCGCUGUUGGUGGGCCUGGCCUGGUUCUUCAUCUCCAUCCGACCUGAGACGGACUACACUGAAAACUAUCUGAUUGCCAUGCAAAUUGAGCCCACCAAGGUAGACAAGAAAUCUGAAAUGAACGCCUGACUAUCACAGACUGAUACUGUACAAAUAAAUAUUUUUGUGUGUGUGUGUUCUUGCUUUGUAACUGUGUAUCUUUUGAAUACACUGAAUAGUUUUACCCGUCAAAUGUUUUUGAAUUCAAUGGGUAGGAUUAAAUAUGUUUAUACCUCA